CCGUGAGCUCCUCCCUCCCCUCCUCCUUUCAGAAAGCAGAGUUUCCGCAGAUCUCCUGUGGUCGUGCCGGAGUCCAAUCAGCGCAUUUUAUCGAGACCGCUCCUCGGAGAAGUUGAUUCAUCCUCCUGGAGGGAAAUAACGAGUCGCCAGUUUGAGCAGGAAAAGCGCUAAGCCGCAGCGGGGCCGCACGCUCUAAACUUUCUUCCACUUUGGCGCUAAAGAAAGACUAGCUUGUUUGUUUACGCUGUUCGUCGUUUACCUGCGUUAAGGCUAAAAUCCAGAAAUACAGCACACUGUCGGCUCAGUGAAGUUCAGUGAGGUGCAGAAUGGCCGAUACAACCGGGUCCGGCUCCGCCAGCUGCUUGGAGAGACUGAAAAGCUACGUGAAGACCCAGAAAGGGUUCAUCCUCGCAGCAGAAAUACUUGUCAGUUUAAUCAUCGUCAUCUGCUACGCUGCAUCCGUGUAUGGCGGCUACUCUGCUUUGGCCAUAUGUGAAAUGAUCUUCUCCAUCGUCUUCUUUGGCAUCUUCAUGAUGGAGUUGGACAAGCAGAUCCUAGUAAUCAACUGGGUCUGGACUGAUCUGUUCCGUGCCGGUAUUGGUGCUGUCCUCUACAUCAUCACCUCACUGAUCAAUUUCAUUGGAGGAGCUGGGGACGGAGCUCGUAUCGCAGGCGCGGUGUUUGGUUUGAUCGCUGGUCUGAUAUUUGCAUAUGACACCUACACCAUCUUCCUGCAAGUCAAAAGUAACAGGCAGCACUCGGCAGCUCCCACUGAUGACAGAGUUUAAGCAUUCCCAGACGGAAAUACUUCUGUCAAGAACACAGAAGAACAAAAAGCAGUCAUUUGUGCAAAAGUUAACAGAAGAGCAGGUCAAAGAGGAAACAAGUCACAGUUUAAUAAAUGCCACUGUAUGGCCUGAAGAAAUGAGAUGUAUCUUACAGAACGAAGCCAGAGAGGAAGAUGACAUAGCCUUAAUGAGAGGUACUGUUCAUCUGUCUGUAUGUCUACUCCAUGAGGGAUUCCCCUCUCAAACUUUUAUUCCAACCAGAUUAAAAAGGGGAAAAUGUCAAUAAUAGGCAAUGUAACACUGAUUGAUGCAGAGACAUUAAAAGAGAGUGAUGUGGCACUCAAAGAAUCCUAAGCUGAUAUCACUGAGAGAAUUUGGUAAAACUAUAACCUCCAGAGGGACAAAAAAGUCCACAAACUCAUUAAGCAUUCUUUUUUUGAUUUGACAGGUGAUUUUUUUUUUAUGUCCCCUAAAUCAUUGAAAUUAAAGUUCAGUUUCCUAAUCCUUUAAAAUAUCCUCCCAAAUAAGUGCCCUGAGGCCUUACUAAGAUGGCUGCCAAGUGGCCAGACUUGCUUCUCCUGGACUUUGGUUGAUGUCAUCGUGCAACUUGUCUAACACACUUGUCUACUGUUAAUGGACUGCUGUAUUAAAUAGUAACUGUGUUAUUUGGACUUCAGAAGCAACUGACACAGAGGUGGGUGCUUUUGGAAUUGUUUAAUAUUGUAAGUGUGUUCUUCUUGAAGGGUUUUUUUUUUUUGUUUUUUGUUUUUUUGUAUUUUCUUAGCUUUUCCUUUUUCCGUUAUUUAAUCACUGUGUUCUGUGUGUUUUACAGUGCCUUAAAAGUCUUACUCAGAGUAACCAGUUCCUGUUUUGUUCCUGAGUACUGAAGCAUUUGAUUUGAUUGUUAUUAAUCAGCAAUCUGUUGCUGUUUUUGUUCUGGAGUUUUGGAAUUUAGGACCCAUUAACCAAACAACCGCACAUUUAUUAUUUAAAUUACAGUCCCUUCCUCCAGUUUUUGCCUCCAGUUCUUGGAUUCUUGCUCAGGUUAUUUGUAACACAUUUUUUAAGGUGCUACAAUAUUUUUCUGUUGACAUUUUAUACUGUCCAGUAGCACUCUUCAUUUUUUUUGAACAUGCUAUGUUAAUAUUGAGAUAAUACUGUAAUGCAAGUGUUUUUCCGACCCCUUUGGUGUUUGUCAUUUUUAACCUGAUUUACAAGAGUCUGUAACAUCGAAGUACAAAGGGAAAUAAAAAAAGCCAUUUUACCACAAA